AAAUAUUAUGACAUUUGAGUUAAAGUUUCAUCUGUUUCACCUAUAAAUUAUCAUCCAAAGACUUGUUCAAAUUAUUUUUAUUGAGUCAAGUCCUUAAUCGAGUCACAAAGUCCUUAAAAAUGACGGAGCCCAGCAUUAAUGGAUUUGAUGCAAAGAAUUUCAAAUGUGAUGACUAUGUCAAAGAUCUAGUACAGGAAUGUGUUGGUGGUUCGGAGCUUCAGCACAGAAAAUCAAAAAUUCAAAAUUUCAGUGACCAAACGUCCACUCAACUCAAGAAACAUGUCUACGCAAAUUACAUGCAAUUCAUUGAGACAGCCAAGGAAAUAUCACAUCUUGAGUCCGAGAUGUAUCAGCUGUCGCAUCUUCUCAUCGAACAGAGGAAUAUAUUGGCCACAUUGAAAGAAGAGAGUCUGAACGAUCAGAAGAAUGUGAUUGGGAAUGAGGAUGAACCCGUGAACGAAGAAGAACAAAACAAGAAAGCCAUUCAAACGGUUAAGGAUUCGAUGAAAAACUAUACGGAUAGUCUCGACAAUAAGACAUUACUACACGAAGGUGGCGUAAUCGAAUUAGAUCCCGACAGUUAUCGACCGAUCUGUCGGGUCUAUUUGUUUCUCUUGAAUGAUUUGUUGAUCAUCGCAAAGGUCAAGCAUGACAAAAAAUUGGAAUUCAGCACCCAGUAUGCCUCGUCCAAAAUUGCUGUGAUCAAUAUUCGUGAUUUGGACGGCGUGAAAAAUGCUAUCAACAUCAUCACACCGGACGGUGCGAAGAUAUUCCAAUGCAUCAGUCCAUCAACGAAGACCGAAUGGAUCGAAAAAUUCGAAAUGUGCAUAAAAUUCCAUCAAUUGAAACCGAAAAAGGGACCGGCACCGAAGCCGCCCACUCAAUUGCAACAACAAAAAUCGCUGGUGGAAACCAAAUCCAUUGCCAGUGACUUGACUCUCAGUCCAGAUUCUCAGUCAGUAAAAAUCAACUGGGGACCGGACUGGCUGUUGAUGGCACCGGAAGAGAUACUGGCCAUGAUUGCUCAACGACAUUUCGAAGAUUCGCUGGCAAUGAUCAUAAAAUGUGAAGAAUAUUUCGCGCGUGAUUCGACAUUCCAUAAUUCCGUUGAAGUCAUCGAGAAGAUCAAGCAGUUGAAGCUAAAUCUCGCAAACGUUUUGUUACUGGAAUUGUCCAAUUGUCAGAGUCGUAGUUUGCAUGCAGCGCUACGAUCGUCCAGACGACCAUUGAAACUGUUGGCUGAAAUGGGAAAAGAGCGUGAAGCCUGCGGCACAUUGCUGAAAGUUUGCAGUGCUGCAAUUAGAACAGCACAACGGCAAGCUAGACGAAAUAAUCUUGCCAUUUCCGAACUCUUCUUCUGUGACUUGGCCCAAGUCAGCAGCGAGUUCCUGAACGCUUUCCGAAGCAAAGGAGCGUGCAUCAGCACUCUUGUCGUUUGGUGUAACACCGAAUUGCAAUACUUUGCCUCUCAACUUAUAAAACAUUACCUAACCAAGGGAACUCAACUGGAGACAGUGGCUAAAUGCGUUGAAGGCGUGCGGAAGCCCUGUGCACAGCUGACAGAAAUCGGAUUAGAUCUAUCCUAUCACAUGGAAGGCUUGCUGCGAAACACUCUCGAAAAGUUGGUCGAAGAGUCUCGCAUUCGAUUAGUGGAAACAAUCGGACGCACCGAAGAUUUGUGGCAACCGUACAAUUUGCAAACCAAAUCGCAUCUCAAAUCGUUGUUGCGUGAGCUCGAUGCUGUUGGCAUCGACCUGCAAUCACAGGUCACUGGCGACACUUGGAUCAAUUUAACACAAACAACCGUCAAUUUCUGUCGACAUUUUCUCAGUGUUACAGAGAGUUGUGGAUGCUUGGCGAAAAAUGAAACGUUGAAGAUCAAUGUUGAGAUGUUGCUGCGAGAUAUGUUUCUGGCACAAUAUGAAUGUAAGCCGUCUGGAACAACUUCAGUCGAUCCCAACUUUGUGACCAGGAACAAGAGUUAUUUAAGCAGCGUGCUGCUGCCAAUUGCGAUUAAGAAAUUCGAGAUCACUUGCGGCGGAAAAGGUGAACUUCUCUGUGAAAUGGAAAAGCAAUUGCGCGGACCACCCAAGCCUAAACCAAGAAACGUUUAUAAAACUGACGUCAUUUAGAUCAAAUACAUUUUUAAUCGACAAAAUGGACUACUCGGAAAUAAGUUUUUCAUUCUGUAGAACAGCAUUAAAUUCGUAGCGAUAGAGAGGAACAGACGAACACUGGUCUGGCCAUAAUAAUGUGCGAAUCUGAUGUAUACGCAUAAGACGAACGAAAGGUCUAAUGAAACAACGUUUUUAUUGAAAGAAUUUUUUGCAAUUCAAUGUUUAGUAAUAAGUGUUAGCGAUGUGACUUUGUUGGACAACCAAAAAUUGGCCUUGACAUGGUGGUACUAGUCUGCCAUUAAUGAUUGGUGGAAGGCAUGGCGUAUUUAGAUCGCAAUGACUGCC